AUGAACCAGGCCGAGCUGCCUUUGGCAGAGCCCAAGCCCCACGGGCUAAGGCCCCACAUCUGCUGCGCACCCCCUCCCCGCGCCCCCACCUCUCUCCGCAGUGCCCCCCUUCUAGUCAGAGCCGAGCCCCGACGGAGGGGACCGCAGCCGAGCCAGCCCGCGGACAGCGAGCCCUGCGCAGGGGUGCUGGGCCGAGGCAAUCCCCGGGAGCCCACUGACCCGUGCCCGUCGGAGCCAGCCCCCGACGGCGGCUGGCAGAGCGCUGACGAGUCCUCGGGCUACGAGAGCGAGAGCGCGGGCGGGGAGCCCGCGGCGGCGGCGGCCGGGACCCGGGGGCGGCAGCGGCGGGCGCGGACCGCCUUCACCUCGGAGCAAGUCUGCCGGCUGGAGAAGACCUUCCAGUGCCAGAAGUACCUGGGAGCCUCGGAGCGGAGGAAGCUGGCGUCUGCCUUGCGGCUCUCGGAGAUCCAGAUCAAGACCUGGUUUCAGAACCGGAGGAUGAAACUGAAGAGACAGAUACAGGACCACCGGUACAGCCUUCUGUCCCCUGCUCCGCUCUACAGCCACCCCGUGGGGACCCCACCAGCUCUGCUUCAGGACGGUCUCCAGUGCCCCUUUGCUCUACCGCACCAGAGACUCCUGCCUCUGACCUCGGUGCCUGCUGUGCAGUUCAGCUUCUCCUUUCCCAGAUACAAUGCAUCACAAAGCACCUACCACUUUAUGGCAAAUGAGCUGCCGUGCUGCCAACAUUUUCUUCCUCAUCCUUCUUUCCAUCCGGUUAUUCAGGACAAAAUAGACAAGCAAUGCCACCCUGUAUAUGCAUUACACUGA